AUGGUAGCAACAAAAGUAGAACUAAUUCCCUGGGACCCAGAGUCUCCAGACCAUAUUGCAAGACUGGUACUGCAUCGGGAAGAAUGCGGAUGGCACGCGCAGAAGGUCGCGGGCGAAUGGGCCGACAAGCAGCGAGCCGGCACGAAAUGCAUCUAUUGGAUCGUCUUUCAUAGUGAUGGAUCCGCGGAUUUUGACGCCGCCAUGCAGAAGCAUUCGGCGAAGCACCCCUCGGAUAAAACACUCCUCCUGGACACCAACAAGUCACUGCGAGGCACCCCUCGAGUCCCCUCCGGGGCUCAAUUUCAUCCUGUCGGACACAUUUCACUAGACAGCGAAAAUCCAGACGCAGCAGAUUUCGGUGUGAAGGCACCUUUGAAAGACGCAUGCUUCGGGAUUGCCCGAAGCGCAAUGGAUCAAGUCGAGAGCCAAGCGGUCAAUGAGCCGCUCAACGCCCGCCAUCUCAUGCUCGAUACCGGAUUCAAGGAAGAUGUGAAGAACCCAAAUCUUGGGCCACUCUUCUAUGGGCAGAUACCUCCGUUGACUCCUCACGAGUGGUACGAACGCAGAGGUUAUCGCGUGAUUCAGACGGUGAAAGAUAUGUACCAACUCGACGGCAAGGAUAUGGGUAUGAGGACGGUAAUCUUGCAACGAGAUGUCGUCUAA